CGCAGGGAGUAGUCAAUCUGGCAAGUAUCCUUUGACCGGCCGUCGAUGCCGCGCGAGAGCUGAUAGACGGCUUCACACAGAGCGUAGCGGAGAAUUCUCUGAUGCAACAAGAGCUGUCCGAGUACCUUGAGAACGCCUUCUCCCUAACAGACACAGAUCUGACCUAUGGUGACGGGCUCACCGGGAGCGCACGCCUCUCCGGUGCGCUGUCCACCUUCCUGAACGCAUACUUUCGUCCGCAUCGGCCGGUGCUUUCAGACCACCUCUUUAUAGGCGCCGGGGUCAUGUCCCUGCUGGACCAGGUCGUCAGCGUGCUGGCAGACCCCGGCGACGGCGUCCUGAUCUCGGUGCCCUACUACCCAGGCUUCGAUCCCUGCAUCACGCUGCACAACGGCGUCGUCCCAGUGGGCGCACAGGUUCCGUUAGACAAGAUGCUGACGCUCGGCGAGCUCGACUACCUCGAGGACGCGCUCCGCGCAGCCACUCGCCGGGGAGUCUCGGUCAAGGCUGUCCUCCUCUGCAACCCGCACAAUCCACUCGCGCGCUGCUACCCGCGAGAGGUAGUCGAGGCAUACUGCCAGUUCUGCGAGCGCCACGGGCUGCACCUCCUCGCGGACGAGGUCUUCGCGCUCUCCGUCUUCGCGCCGCACGGCGCCACGCCCCCGCCUCAGCCGUUCUACUCCGUGCUCGCGCUCGAUGCCGACCGUCUCGGGGUCAACCCAGCGCGGUUGCACGUCCUCUACGGCAUGUCGAAGGACUUCCUCGCGAACGGGCUUCGUGCGGCCGUCCUCGUCUCACAAGCGAACCCCGACGUCUUGCAGAGCCUCCUUCCCGCUGCGCCCUUCAUGGUUGUCGCGUCGCCAACGGCCGUCCUCUGGGCUACACUCCUCGAGGACAAGUCCUUUCUUACUGCCUUCCUCGCCGAGAAUAGCCGCCGACUAUUCGCGGCGUACGAGCGUACGGCGGCGUGGCUCGCGUUCCACGGCAUCCCGCACGCGCCCGCGUCGGCGGGACAUUUCCUCCUCGCGGACUUCCGGCCUGUGCUCGUGGACGUCGCGCGCUACGGCGCGGCGCUGACGAUCCACGCGGGACAUACAUUGGAGGAGCGCGAGCGCGCGCUCGCGACACACCUGCUCGCGCGCGGCGUGGCGGUCAUGCCCGGCACGGCGUGUCACCUAACGGAGGGCGGUUGGUUCCGCCUCACGUUUGCUCUUCGCGAGGAGCAGAUGCGCGUCGCGUUCCGCCGAAUCGAGGAUGCGCUUGGAUGGGACAAUUGGCAGCCGCGGCGGUCGGACAUCGGACCCCAUUUGUAGCUAGCACAGAACACAGAGCAGUGUGCGCUUGUCGUUCUUGUAUGGUCGGCAACGGAGAUUAAGAACAGCGCGAGGAUACCACCUGCGAUGGUGAUGUUGAGCACUUUUUCCAAGACCAUACGAAGCAUUCUGCAUGACAUGCCAAGGGGGAGGCGUGAUCAAGUAGGCAUUGCAAGCUACAUUCGACUUCCCAGUCCAACAAGCCCAUUCAGUUUCACCU